UAGGGUUUGAAUUUCUUGUGUUUUUUCUUUUCCAUAAAAUAUUUUUUUUCAAUUAUAUACAUAUUUUCUGCUCAUGGUCAUUAUUUUCCCUUAUUAUUAAUCAUAUCAUAGUUUAUUAUAGGUUAGUUUUCUGUUCACUACUUUUGUUAUUGUUAUUGUUAUCGUUAUCGUUAUGGCUGGUUUGGACUUAGGUUCAACUUCCCAUCAUCGUUUUCUCCCUCAUCAUCUCCAAAGACCACAUGAUCCUCAAGUUGACGAAAUCAAUCGGAACAAUAAUCAAUUUUCCGAUGAAGACAAGGAUAAUAAUAAUAAUAGCCCCGGCGUAGCACGUAGGCCAAGAGGUCGUCCCGCCGGGUCGAAAAACAAGCCUAAGCCUCCCGUGAUAAUAACACGGGAGAGCGCGAACGCGCUACGAGCGCAUAUCUUAGAAGUGAGUAGCGGGCAUGAUGUGUUCGAAUCGGUUGCGACUUAUGCGAGAAAAAGGCAAAGAGGAAUUUGUAUACUAAGCGGGAGCGGUACGGUGAAUAACGUCACCAUACGACAGCCACAGGCUGCCGGUUCUGUGGUGACGUUACAUGGAAGAUUCGAGAUACUAUCGUUAUCCGGAUCUUUCUUACCACCACCCGCUCCCCCAGGAGCUACUAGCUUGACAAUUUAUUUAGCUGGUGGUCAAGGUCAAGUUGUUGGUGGAAAUGUUGUGGGUGCACUAAUUGCAUCGGGUCCGGUUAUUGUAAUUGCUUCUUCAUUCACUAAUGUUGCUUAUGAGAGAUUGCCUUUGGAUGAAGAGAAUGAGUCAAUUCAGAUGCAGCAACAAGGACAAAGUGGUAAUUUUUCUGAUCCAUCAAAUAUUGGACUACCUUUUCUUAAUUUGCCAUUGAACAUGCCAAAUGGUGGUCAACUGCAAAUGGAAAGCGGAGGAGGAGGUGGAGAAGGAGGAUGGAAUGGAAACUCAACAAACAGGCCACAAUAUUAAAUCAGUUACUCCCUCGACGUCUUUUAUUUCUUCAUAAACCUAGACGCGGGAUGACGGCAACACCUUCUUCAAUUCUUUUGGGAAAAACAGAGAGCAUCUGGACGGAUUUGGAAAAACAGAGCACUCGAGCACCGCCGUCUCUUCCUCCGAUCUCCACCAUGCAAACACCGUAAAACAGACAGGCGCACAAUCGUCUCAUUCACUUCAAAUCGUCGGGUUCUGUUGGCAAUUGAGGUCCGAUUCGAGGUUCCCGAUACGAUCGGCGGCAAUUGACGUUCAUCGUCGGAGCUUUCUCGGUUUUCUGAAUCCACUCAACUUCUGAAGGAUUUUUCGCUAUUAAAGGUCCAAUUUCAUCGUAUAUUCUGUUGACAUGAUUAUGUGAGUGAUUUGGGAUUUUUAGAUAACUGAUUUCAUUAUUGGAUAGAAAAAUAUUUUAUGUUAGUGUUUUAAGAUGAAUUUGCACUCUUGUGUUUUAAAAGUUAUUUACACACUUGAUCUUGGCGGAUGAAUUUUUACCCUUUAUUCUUAUACGAAAUGUAAUUAUUACUUGGGCGAACCCAUUAACGGCCUUUUAAAAUUUACACUAAUUUUCACUUAGGCAUCUUAAUUAAGUUUGUUUAUUUUAGACAUUUUAUGUCAGGCUCCAAUGUGUCAUUUUGACAUUUUUUUGUUAAUUCGGCACAUGGUGUGUAUUACACGGGCAUUGAGCGAGUGAAAAGUUGUUUCUUUUAUAAUAUAUUUUCUUUUUCCUUCUUCUUUUUCACUUUUUCUCUCUUCGAUCAACUCCACCUUCCACCACCAUACAUCCAUCAUUUCUCUUCAUCUACCCCUCUUUAU